AUGGAUAACAAGAAGCAGAGAUAUUCCAGGAGCAUCCGUGACGAUCGUGAUGAGAGAGAUAGGACUAAGCAUCAUCAUGAGAGGUCUCACGAAGGAAGUAAGAGGAAAGAUAGAUCAGAGGAAGAGAAUGGGGCGGCUAGGACGACAAACAAGAGUUCUAGGUUUGAAGAUGUAGCUAGGUUUGAGAAAAGGCCGUAUACUUGUUCUAUUGCAUCGGACACUACUUCUAGUCAAAUCCUUGAAGCUGUUAAACGAUUUCAGGAGCUGGCAAUAGAUACGGCUGUUGCACAUAAACAGACCAAGGGCUUUUUUCUGCGUGUAGAUGUACUUGGAAGAGAAAUAGAUGAGUAUGGGCAUGUGAUUAAUCUUAGUACAUUGAUGGUUAACAACAACAAACACAAGAAAGAUGUUUUUCAGAAUAUUCUUAAACCUCCCCAACCUUUUAAAUUGACAAAGAAGGAAGAGAAGAAACUGCAAACUCUAAGGCGUGUGGCAAAAGAAAAGGAGAAACAGAAGAUGAUUAGACAAGCGUUGUUUGAACCACAAAAAUCAAAGGUGAAAUUGAGCAACCUAAUGAAGGUUCUUGCGUCUGAAUUAGCAACCCAAGACUUCUUCUUAUGAAGAGUUUCCUUCUUCUCAUUUAACAGAUUAACUAUGAAGAGUUUGUUAAGGUCAUGAU